ACGCUUCAAGUCAGUCGUGCUCCGGCCUUCGUUGUGGAAGGAUCGUUUCGCGCUCUUCUUGGUUUGCCGCCGGUGUUGUACGGUCUGUGCGAACAUCACUUCUCGAUCGUCGCACGAAUUAUCGCGCGAGUGUUAUUGCGAAGUGACAUAUACGAAUCUGUACCGCGAGUCAGUGUCGUACAAUCGUAUUCAGCUUGAAUCGUCAGUGCAAAAGUAACGCCAUUACGUCACACCGGCCGUGACGCUUGUUGCCAAAGAUCGUCUCAUCGGUGGAUGCUUUUUACGUCUUCCCAGCUGCCGCGAGAUUGCCUCAAGGACUCUUCGAUCGAGUAGCUGGGUGGAGUAGAUAGCUUCGAGGACUUGAAAACAGACAUGUGCGUCGAGGAUCAGCCGGACGUUGUUUGCCAAUGACGCGGGCAACGGCGACGAGGUGACAACGAAGGACGGUGACGCACGAAGCCAACAAUUGACUGAAAAUGGCCAAGAGCGCUGAAAGAUUACCCGGUAGUUCUACCAGACUUAGGACCAGGGACGACGGUUGCUGUUCCGUGAAUUUCUUGAAAUACGUUCUUCACAUUUAUAACGUGGUGCUGUUCCUGUCCGGACUGGUGGUGGGUGGCAUCGGUAUCUGGACGGUGGUGGCGAAGCACAGCUACGUAUCUCUGAUGUCCACCUCGACGUAUCCCACUUUGGCCUACGCCUUGAUCGUCGCAGGUGUGCUGGCUGUCAUCGGUAGCUGGCUCGGAUGCGGCGGCGUAACUUCUGAAAAUCGAUGUGUCCUCCUCGUGUACGUCUUCGUGGUGAUGGCGGUGCUCGUUCUGGAGGCCGGGGUCGGCGCGCUGGCGCGUCUCUACGAGGAACAAGUCGGCCCUGAAUUGAAGAUGAAUUUGAAUCGCACCUUCCUCGAGAACUAUUCCGUGCGAUCCCGGGAAACCGCCGCCAUCGACCAGAUGCAGAAAGAGUUCAAAUGCUGCGGCGCCCUGAGAUUCGAGGAUUGGCUCGUGAGCGAGUGGCAUAAGGACGAGGAAGUCCUGAAGAACGGCAGCGUCGUACCUGACAGUUGCUGCAAGACGCCGACGUUACUUUGCGGGAAAAGGGAUCAUCCCUCCAAUAUUCAAUACACGGGCUGCAUUUACAAGUUCCUGGAGACGACGAAGGACCACCUGAUAAUUCUGGGCGCCGUCGGGCUCGGCCUGUCAGUCCUCGAGCUCUUCGGCAUCGUUCUCGGCUCCUGCCUCUACAUCAAGCUCAGGCACGACUUCGAUGACUGAGAAUUACUUCAAUGCCCCGAGGGCAACAACAACGGCCAGUCGUGGUGCAGAUACAUGCAGAACGAUCCGGGGACCGUUUGAUCGUCGGAGUAGGGGCGGGAGGGCGCGCGAUUGCAGCCGCGGGAUCGUCCGGACGAGAGGGAUCCGUUUAUAGUCGCGGGCCCAUGUUUGUGACUCCCCCCCCCCCUCCCCCCCUUAUAUCCUCAGAAAAAUAUCAAACGGGAAUAAAGGUGACGAAGAGGAAACGCGCGCCGACCGUUACUUCACUUCCCGCGAUUGAGCGAAACGGACAAUCGAAACUGGAAGUGGAGGUUCGAAGGUAAAAACACGUGCUAAAAAUCGACCCAGGCUCGUCUCGGGUCGUCGCGAUCUGAAAAAUAAAAAGGGUCGCUUCUCGCCGUCGAAUAUUUGUGCGCCAAAGCUGGAUUUAGAACUCGCGCAUUGCUGACAAUAUAAGUUAAUUCUAUCGAAGAUAGCAUCGUCACGGGACAACAAGGAGAGGGAAGGCAUUACUGAAAACGCAUUACUGUCCAAGUCAAUCGUUCUUUGCUUACGCCUGCCAUUUGUUCCGUAGCGAUACCGUUUUCGUUUGGUGUACAAUUUCGGAAUUUCCACGAGCUUUCCGGAACAACGUCGGCGAAGUUUAAACUUGGCUUUGGCGCAGCGUCCGAAGCAGCGUUCCUACGCAAGAAAUUACAAAGUAAACAAUUUCGCUAAACGAACAUUUGUGAACACAUUUACGAUAACGCUGGACCAGUUAAAUUAUCUCGAAUAUCUACCCAAGGUCGCUUGCGCGCGCUUGCUUGCGACCAGCACAACCAAUUAACUGUGACUCACGACUAGCCCGAACCGUAAAUAGUUCCCGCUAUCAAUGUUUGAAUAUUUUCUGUGGUAUUUUCUCUCCCGAACGAAAACGAACUCGGAUCCUUUUUUAUAAGCGCGCCGUCGACCAUGACGUUAAAUACGUAGUCCCUAAUCUCCUCCGCCGAGCGUAAUAUUUUACAAGCUCGGCGAAGUUUUGCACGCGCGAAAGCGCCGCCGACUCCACACGAUACUGCCAUUGCAAAUUUGCACAAUUUUCAAUCGCGAUCUAUUAAGUGUCGAUCGUAGUAAGAGCCAUGACGGAAAAAAGAAAUUCUCUCGCGUAAAGGAGAGAAGAAGGAAUCACACGACCGUAAAAUAACCUGCAACAAAAAGAUCUGAUCAGUCGAGUAAUGUCAAUUUCUAGCGAUCGGAUCGCGCGUCAUCGAGUUUUACUAUAUAUUAUAUUCUUUCCUUCUCGCGCACACUGCGUCGACAAAAAUCGAAUAUAAUCAAUUAACAAAUUUUCUAAGCUCGAUGAACCGAUCUGACGAGCGAAGACAAGGCUAAGAUCGACUUAGAUAUCGGCUAGAACUGUAAACAGUGCCUUUGAUGAUAUUGUUAAGCUCAGAGAUAUUUUAGAGUACGCAUGAAAGGAAGGAGCGUCGUGGCGGUGUAAAUUGUUAAAGAAAAACAAAAAAACCGGUGGAAGAAACAAGAGAGAUUUUAGCGUGUAAUAAAAUUCGCACAAGCGGCAUGUAUAUAUUUAUCCGUUGCUUCGCAAAUGAGUACAAGCCUUUGCACAUUAUUUAUAAUACGAACGCUUUCUUUCUCGUACAACGUGAGCGCGCCGCCCGGCAUCAGCAAUUGCAAGCAGACGAAAAUUUCUGUUAAUCCACAAUCGCGGGAUCUGUCGCGCUCCGUUGCAUAUUUUGAUAUACGACUAGAAACAAUACAGGCGCGCGCUUUUAUUAUACUUUAAUAAUUUUAAAAUUUAAUUCUAUUAUACUCGUGUCGACAGACAAACUGUCAAAACUCGUAUGACAGUUUGACAGUCGACACGAGUGGAGCAAGUCAGCAAGUCGCAGCGCACAAGCGAGACAGCCAAUCAGCAUCGCAGAAAAAGAGGCUUUUCAACACUUCGACUCGAGUUCGAAGUAUCAUGCCUUUUUUAGAGAGGGAUUGAUCUCGCGAUCGACAGUUGACCGUCGACAAAUUUUUCCCUUGCAAUUGCGGAUUUCGUCGAUGUCGCGCUCGAGAAAGUCCAAACAUAUUUUACUAUUGUAUCAUUAUGCAAUAUGUUAUUUUAAUCUUAAUAUAUUAUUGUCCUCUUUGCUAUUAUGUAUACAUAUAUUAUCGAUUAGCGAGUAGGAGACAAACUUUAUACAUAUUGUACAUAUCAAACGCUAUUCUGUUACGAAUAAAUGUUUAAAUCGUA